AUGACCGUGUCAGAACGUUUGAGAACAACCCGUGAAGAUAAUUCGAUGACUAAAGCAACGCUAGACGUAGCUGGAGAGGCAGAAGCCAAUGCAAGGAGUGCCAGUGGCAGCAACAACAACGAAAAAAAAAGUCCGCCAGACGAAAAUGCAAUUGUCCAGGGACCAGAUUUGGAGCAUAGCCCGGAGGACGAUCAUUCUGGUGAAAGAAGUUUAGAUCGUGAGGCUGCUGCUACGAAGAAGAGGAAAAUCCAGCCGUUGAAGAAUCCGAAGAAAUCACUGAAAAGAGGUAAGGUCCCAGCGCCGCUGAACUUGUUGGAUAGUAACACCAGCACACAUGCUUCUAGUUCUAAAGAGGGCAGUUCAGCUUCGUCGAACUCUGUGCAGUUCCCCUCCAUCACUAGCCAAGGCGUGAAGAGCGCGCCCGCACAAGUUACACAGCAUUCCAAGUUCCAGCCUCGUGUGCAAUACUUGGGAAAGGCCAGUUCUAGGCAGUCCAUACAGGUGAAUAGCAAUAGCAGCACUUACGGGAAGAUACCGAUGCCCUCAGCGGGCAUUAUGACAGCAAUAAACCCCUACAUGCCCAUGAACCGUUACAUAAUGUCUCCGUACUACAAUCCGUACGGUAUUCCUCCGCCUCACAUGAUGAACAAGCCAAUAAUGACGCCCUAUGGGCCUUAUCCAUAUCCAAUAGGCCCACGAAGCUCUAUUCCGUUCGGCAUGCAGGGCAGCAACACUAGAUCGUUUGAGGAGAACGAGUAUGCUGCCAGCGGGUACAGAAACAAAAGGGGGAACGACUCUUCCGAUUCGCCCUUGAGUGGCACCGCCUCUACUGGGAAAUCCAGGAGAUCCGAGGAAGGUUCAAGGAACUCAAGUGCGGGUUCAAGUGCAAAUGUCAGUCCCACGCAUCAGCACACGGACCUGGGCCCAGCUGAUGUGAUUCCUGCAGAGGAAUACCACUUGGAACAAGAUGCUUUACUCUCAGCUAACACCAAAACUAGAAGCACAAGCACGAGCACGAGCACGAGCAGGGGCUCGUGGCAUGACGCUGAACCCAAUGAAGACGAUGAAGAGGGUACCGACUUGGCCAUCGAGGACGGAGCAGUUCCCACGCCCACCUUCACUACGUUCCAGCGGAGUUUGCAGCAGCAGCAGUCGCCCACUCUUCUCCAGGGCGAAAUCCGGCUCUCCUCCCACAUAUUUGCCUUUGAAUUUCCCCUGAGCUCCAGCAAUGUCGACAAAAGAAUGUUCAUGAGCAUAUGUAACAAGGUUUGGAAUGAAUCAAAGGAGCUGGCUAAAAAAUCAUCGCAUCAUAGGACAGGCAAGUGA